CGCGCGUGGGUCGCCGCGGCCGGUUGCAUGGCGCGCUGCGAGCGUCUGCGCGGCGCGGCCCUGCGCGAGGUGCUGGGCCGGGCGCAGGGCGUGUUGUUCGACUGCGACGGGGUGCUGUGGAGCGGGGAGCGCGCCGUGCCGGGCGGCCCGGAGCUGGUGGCGCGGCUGGCGCGCGCGGGCAAGGCGGCCGUGUUCGUGAGCAACAACAGCCGGCGCGCGCGGCCCGAGCUGGCGCAGCGCUUCGCCCGCCUGGGCUUCGGGGGGCUCCGGCCCGAGCAGCUCUUCAGCUCCGCGCUCUGCGCCGCGCGCCUGCUGCGCCAGCGCCUGCCCGCGGGCGCGCCCGUCUUCGUGCUGGGCGGCGAGGGGCUGCGGGCCGAGCUGCGCGCCGCGGGGCUGAGCCUGGCGGGGGACGCCGGACACCACCCCGGGGCCGCCACGCGUGUCCGCGCCGUGCUCGUGGGCUACGACGAGACUUUCUCCUUCGCCAAGCUGAGCCAGGCUUGCGCCCACCUGCAGGACCCCGAGUGUCUGCUCGUGGCCACCGAUCGCGACCCCUGGCACCCGCUCAGCGACGGCAGCAGGACCCCCGGCACCGGGAGCCUGGCCGCUGCGGUGGAGACAGCGUCGGGCCGCCAGGCCGUGGUGGUCGGCAAGCCCAGUCCCUACAUGUUCGAGUGCAUCACGGAGCAGUUUAAUGUGGACCCCGCACGCACGCUCAUGGUGGGUGACCGCCUGGAGACCGACAUCCUCUUCGGCCACCGCUGCGGCCUGACCACUGUGCUCACCCUCACUGGGGUCUCCCGCCUGGACGAGGCCCAGGCCUACCUCGCGGCCGGCCAGCACGACCUCGUUCCCCACUACUACGUGGAGAGCAUUGCGGACUUGCUAGAGGGGCUGGAGGACUGAGCGCAGCCCCCCCUCACCCCAGAGAGGGAGGCUGGGAUAGGGAGCCCCGGAGGCACCCCCACCCCCAGACAGAGGUCUCUGUUCCCCCUCCAGGGCUUCGACUGGGGAUGACCCCCACAUUGUCUCCUGUGGUUGAUCUAGUCCUAGAUCUGGCCCAGCCUUGUGGUCUACAUUCCAGUUCAGUUCCCCUUCUUUCCUUGCAAUUCAGGCCCUGAAGUUUGCAGGGGGGGAUUCCUCCAGCCCCCUCCCCCUGCCCACUCUCACCCUUUUCAC